GUUUUUUUUCUCCGAUUAGAAUUUAGAAUAAAGCACCAGCUUUCAGUUAACAAUGUCGCACCAAACGGGCAUCAAAGCCAACGAGCAACUAGCGAAAGUGUUUGGCAAGGCCAAGAAUGGUAAAAUACGAGUGAUAAAAGUGUCCAUUGAAAACGAGCAGCUCAGCUGCAGCGCCACAGCUGAUGUAAAGAAGGACUGGGAACGGGACUAUGAUAAGCUGCUGUCGCCGCUGCUGGAUGAGAAUGUUCCCUGCUAUUUGCUGUAUCGUCUGGAUGCAAAGAUGCCCUUGGGCUAUGGCUGGCUGCUGAUCAGCUGGAUACCAGAUACGGCGAGCAUACGACAGAAAAUGGUUUACGCUUCGACGAAGGCAACAUUGAAGACCGAAUUCGGAUCGGCGUACAUUGCCGAGGAGCUGCAUGCCACAACUCUGGAGGAAUCCACGCUGGAAGGCUAUAAGAAGCAUAAGCGAGAAUUUGCUGCACCGGCACCGCUCACCACCCGCGAGGAAGAGCUGAAGGAGACGGUUGUGUGCACCGACAUCUCCACGGAGACGCGUCACCAGGCACUGGGCGGCAUCUCGUGUCCACUGACAGAUGCCACGAUUGCUGCUGUGCAGGAUAUGGUGCGUGGCAGCUAUGAUUAUUUGCAGUUCCGUAUUAGCCUGGAGGAGGAGCGCAUCCAUGUCUCCCAUGCUGGCAAUGUGGACUUGCAGGAUUUGCGGCGACAGGUGCCCGAGGAUCAUGCACGCUAUCAUCUGUAUAUUUUCAAGCACACGCACGAAGGCGACUAUCUGGAGUCCUUUGUCUUUAUCUACUCCAUGCCGGGCUACUCAUGCUCGGUACGCGAACGAAUGAUGUACUCCAGCUGCAAGGCGCCGUUCAUUGAACAGCUCGCGGAGCUGGGUAUCAAUGUGGACAAGAAGCUGGAAAUCGAUGCGGGCGAUGAGCUCACGGAAGCGUACUUGCAGGACGAACUGCAUCCCAAGAAGAUAUUACAUCGGCCAGCUUUUGCCAAACCGAAAGGACCACCGAAUCGGGGCGCCAAGCGUCUCACGCGUCCCUCCCACGAAGACGAAGUCUAAAAAGAAACCCAACGAGAUUCACAUUUCUCCGACUUUAUCAUUUCUUGGUUUCCUAGCAAAGGCAUUUAAUUUAUUCGCAUUUGAUUUAUUUGUGUUCCACUUUCAAUUUUUAUAUACUUUCAAAUGUAUAUCUG